GCCUGUAUGUGCCGAAUGUGCAGUCGAGUGCACGACACGCUGCGGAAAAGUGGCGGAUAUGAAAACCCCACCUGGUUCGGACCGCGGGCGCGGCCUUUCCCCUCGGACUAUAAAGCCACUACAACUCCACUUCCACCAAACAUUCGCUCGGCGAUCCGUCACUCAUUUGCUCUUACCAUGUGGCUGCUUAUCCUCGCAGGUCUCCUGACAAUCUCCGUUGGAGAGAAGACCAGCGUUGUCGAGAAGACAGUGUCAUCGGCGGGCAAUGCCGAUGACAUCGUUUUGCUGGAGAUCGACGUCAAAGAUCCUGUCAAGAGAUCCCCAGUUCAAAACAGCGCUAUUUAUGGAGCUUCACCUAGCCAAUUUGUUAUUCGACACGGUGAUGAUACUCAAGAGCUGUCGCCCGAAUACUUAGCUGUCUUGCGACAAUUCACCGGAACUGAACCGCAAGCGUAUGCAAGGCCCACUAGUGCGCCUCAGCGUAGACCCCUUCCAGCUUAUGCCAAGCAACAGCAAGCGUUACAGCAGGCAUAUUACAAUUAUCGCAAACCCACCGUGGUUCCUCCCAGACCGAGACCUCCUCAACUACAUCCCCAGUUGAUUCAACCCGAGGCUGUUGGGCAAGUUCAGGCAUUACAAUCACCGCGCGGUCCAUCUGGAGCAUCUACGUAUCAGAUAGAAGCUUAUACUUCACCGAAGCUGGGCAGUUUCGAGCAAGAGCUGUUGCAAUUAGUAUCCGCUAAUCAGGCUCAAGAAUUUAACCUAAUCCCGACGCAGCCUAAAACUAGCUAUGCACAACAAGAGUAUGUCAAGCCAACCGCGAUUCCUCAGUUACAACAACCGGUUCCUCAGUUACAACAACCGGUUGCUCAGUUACAACAAUAUCACAUCGAAACUAGUCCGCCCCCUCGUUAUCCGCCACAGCAACGAGUGGCGGCAACUUAUCAGUCAGUCGAGCAACCGGUCCAAAUUCAAUAUCAAACGGCGCAAGCGGUAGAUUAUUCGGGGAAGGGAAUCGAACCUUUCAGACCAUCUCCGCAAUACGACUAUGUGGACGACAGCGGUCCUCAGGUGGGAGCUCAGAUAGAAACUUACACUUCACCGAAGCAGACCCAAGCAGAAGUUGAAGCGAACGCUAGGGCACAAUCUCAAGCUGAAGCGCAAGCCUUAGCUUUCCAGAAAAUCGUCCAGGAUUCAUAUCAAAAACAUCGCAACGCCGCUGUAGAACAGAUCAGAAUUGACCACGAGAGGUACAGGCAACAGACUGCUUUGGAACAACUUCAACAAGGAGAACACGUAAGCGAGGCCGGACGAGCUCACAACGAAGGUCAGCUAGAACCCAAGGACCCAGAAGCCGCGUACAGAGCAAAGUUGAAGGCACAGGCCGCUGCCGAAGCCGCCGAAGCCAGAAGAAUUCAGGCAGCUGCUGAACAAAAGGCUCACACCGACGCCAUUCGCCAAGUCGAAGCUCAGCAACAAGCCCAAGUGAGAGCUCAGGAGAAGUUUCAUCAAGAUGCUUUGAACUUUGAAAGAAAUCAAUUGCGUGCCCAAGCUAAUGCUCAGGCGAUAGCGCAGGCUCAAGCCGAGGCAUUGUACAAAGCCUAUCAGCAGUCACGCGCCAAAGCCAAUAGUGAAAUUUUGGCAGCUGCCAGAGCUCAACAACAGGCUAAGAAGGUAGAUCCUAAUGGUACUCCAGUCAUCCAGUACCUCUUACCUAAUACUCCCAAACUUCCGGCACCUAAUGAAUACUUUACCAAUGACGUUGCAAACAAGUAUCAAGCCUCCGGCUCCACCUACGCUCCUAGAUCCGUGACUAAACCAGAUUCUACUGAAUCUACCGUUCAAGAGCAAGUUUACAAUCAACCUGUUAUCAAUCAACCUCGUCAAGUACACAAACUCAAAGUUCCACCAACUCAAUCCUCUGUUUAUGUUUCUCAAUCGGGUCUUUUAAAGAAGGCGCCAGUCAAGUCUCUUACCAUCGAAGAGAUUAUCGAUCAAGGCCAGCUAAACAAUCCUCAGGUCGUACGUGUUCCCUCUCCUAAGGAUCAGCAACCUCUCACGCAAGAAGAGUUGUCUGUUUUAAUUAACGCCGGUUACAGCGUCACCCCGAUACCUCAGACAGUAAAGCCGAACCAGCAGAGCUACGUGCCAGAAAAUGCCUCCGCCGUGUACUACUUGAAGAAACAGCGACCAGCGGUUAGGCCUGAAUACGUUACGUUUGAAGAAGUUUUACAGCGACCGCGAAGACCCAUUAGAAAAAAUGCACCUAUUGACAAACAAGAUGAGGCUACCGCUAGUGAAAAAGUUACCUUCUUGGUACCCUUGGAGCCUAGUUUUGGCACCAGACAACCGCCACUUAGAAAUAACGAAUAAUCGGCCUAUUUUUGUAUUGGUCAUAAAAAAAUAAUGACAAAUUUAGAGAAAUCUGAAUAUUAUUGUUAAAUUAAAUUUAUUUCCUCUACAUCAAAUAACAUAAUUUUCUUUCUCUUUUUGGUUUUAAACUUAUGUGAAUGAUAAACAAUGUCAGUCAAGAAUAUCAAUCGUUACAAGGAAAAAUUCUUCUUAUUCUUUCGCUUUUCUUAAUUUUGAUUAGCUUCAUCUUUGGUCUUCUGUCAAAUGGACAACUCUGUCAAUAUCAACAACUGUUCAUUUUCUUUUAUUAUUUUAUAAUCAGUAAUUUUUUUGAGAUUUAUAAACCUAUCUUUCGAAACCAGCUGGUAAACUCGACAAAAAAAACUUUUGGAUUGUUUAUUACACGAUUUCAAUUUUGGAUUAACAAUGCUC